UAGCUGCUAUACUCUAAUACGCCGUGGUGUAUUACCAAUGGCUAAUGCUGCUAUGUUUUCUACCCUCCACAGGAACCCCCGAGUCUUCGUCCCUAGAGGCCUGCAAGUUCGCCAUCUCAACUUACAUGAGCAUCAAUCGCUCAACGUUUUCAAGAAAUAUGGUGUCUGUGUACCGCAUGGGUACUAUGCUAAGACUCCGGAAGAGGCUGAACAGUUUGCCAAGGCAUUGGGUGGUGGAGACGUGGUCGUAAAGGCUCAGGUGCUCGCUGGUGGUCGGGGUCGUGGUCACUUCAAGGAAAAUGGCUUCCAAGGAGGUGUUCAUAUCGUCAAGAAUCCUAUCGAGGCUAAAGAUUUGGCCUCCAAAAUGAUAGGCAACACCCUUGUGACCAAGCAAACUGGGGAGGCUGGUAAAAUCUGUAACGGCGUCUUCCUUUCCGAGAGGUUCCAGAUAGCCUCAGAGAAGUACUUUGCCAUUCUUAUGGAUCGUUCCUUUGGUGGACCAGUCAUGGUUGGGUCGAAGUAUGGUGGGAUGAGUAUAGAGGAUGUUGCCGCUGAACACCCCGAGGCGAUCAUCAAGAUUCCUGUUGACAUCAAUAGUGGUAUUUCUGAUGGUGAGGCCAGAGAGAUGGCCGAGAAGAUCGACUUCGAGGGUGAGAUCGUCGACGAAGCUGUCAUUGCCAUCAAGGCUCUCUACGAGACAUUCCGUCAGUCGGAUUGUACUAUGGUCGAGAUCAAUCCCCUCGCUGAGACCAAAGAUGGCCGUGUUAUGGUAUGCGAUGCUAAAGUCAAUUUUGAUGACAAUGCUCAGUUCCGUCAGAAGGAUAUUUUUUCACAGAGGGAUAUUACCCAGGAGGACCCCAGAGAAGUAGCAGCCUCCAAAUGGGAUCUCAACUACAUUGGUUUGGAUGGCAACAUUGGGUGCAUGGUCAAUGGUGCUGGCCUCGCCAUGGCUACCAUGGAUCUCCUUUCUCUCAAGGGAGGUAGUCCUGCCAACUUCCUGGAUGUCGGUGGUGCUGCGGAAACUGAUCAAGUCAGAGCCGCGUUCGAGAUUCUGGAGAAGGACCCCAAGGUGAAGAGUAUUUUGGUGAAUAUCUUUGGUGGUAUCAUGAGAUGUGAUGUCAUCGCUCAAGGCGUCGUUCAAGCGAUGAGUGAACUGAACAUGGAAAAGCCUAUUGUCAUCCGUCUGGUUGGCACCAACGUGGAGCAAGGCAAGAAGAUCAUUAAGGAUGCGGGACUCAAGGUUUACGCUUUUGAUGAUCUCAAUGAAGCAGCGGCUAAGGCUGUCGAGCUGUCCAAUCAAUAA